UCUAUAUAAAAGAUAACCACUAACAUUAGAAAAACAAUUAAAAACCACUUCACUUGAAUUGUAUUUCGAUAAAGUAAUUAUUAACAUGCAUAGAAAAAUAUAUUUCUCUUACUUAUAUGCACCUCCGACCCGUCAUGUUUGUGUCCAUGCUUACUGAGGUCGUCAUUUUCAUAGCAAUGAACAUAAUUCCUUUUUUAAGUCUAUUUUGUGAAAAUGAGACAUAUAUUUCAAACAAAAAUUAUAUAUAAUCAUGUGAAAUAUGUAUAAUUUUUUUGGCAGACUGCUGGAUGCAAGGACGCACCCGUUUUGUGCGAAGAGGAUUCACUCGUCUUCUAGAUCAGCUCCUGUAUUUCUUGAGAGGAGUGAGCCGCUUCCAGACCUAGCUAGGCUCGUACGGGCAUUCGCUUGUUGGGCCUGUUUGACACUUCUCUCGCCGGCACGCACAGUAGCCACACUUAUAGAAAUAAUAAAGAUGUGUUUCUCAAGAAAAAAAAUAAAGAAGCAUUAGUUAUCAGAAAAAAUCCAGUCCUCUCACCGCACAGCAUCCACUCUGCCCACCUCACAGCCUCGCACAUGUCGCUUCUCCCUGCUGCCUCCUCUCCUCACCACGGCUCGCCCUCGGCAUCCUCUCCCCACCACGGCUCGCCCCACAGCCUCCACCUCCGAUACGACCUCGCGCUGCCACCAACGCUUCCGGUCUCCCCUGUAUCGACACUGCCGCCGGUGUCCAACCUCAGCGACGACGCCAGCCUGCCCGACGCAGCUCCUGGCCGCGGCGGCCUAGAACGCCGAGGUAUAGAAGCCUGCUCCGGCUGCCAAGCUGCCGCCCAACCUGCUCUGGGGGUUCCAUAUGAUACAAGACUCAAAGGUCUAGAUGAUGACAGAGGAACCAAAGGUCUAACACAGGAUGCUUCAAAGUCUCAUUUUAAAAGGUCAACAGGUUGAUGUUCUUUUUCAUAUCUCAUCUUGUCGGUCUGAUAUUUGAAAUAUCACAGAAUUAUUGUUCA